UUGAUAUGUAUUUACCUUUGGCGCGCAUGGUAUGGAAAGCAAAUUACAUUAUAAUAAGCGUUGCUGAUAUCGUCGAGAAAUAAGAGAAGUAAGAUUUGUAGUUUCCCAUGUAAACGUUAACGUAAGAGCAACAAGGAAACCAAUCAUGAGUGAUUACUUUUCGUUAACAGACAUCCUCGUUACUGAGGAGCGCAUGUCGGUGGAGCUGCAGCAAUCGUUUCCAAAGCUCGGCUUUUUGAGUCACUCAGCUAAGGAUGUGGACCUUAAUGUCGGUGCGAAGCUUGAACUGCCGCUCUGGCUGGCGAGCGCGCUCUGCACACGACAUGCCCAGCUAGUCAGUUGCGAGAUGCCCAAGGUAUAUCGUGAGAGUUACCGGGAAAUCUUGCAGGCUGAUGCUUGCGCCGUCGAGCUGGCCAAGUGGGGUCAACACUACUACGAGCUUGGGUUACAGCUAGGUAGGGUCCAGUUGAUGAACGUCGGCGCCGAAGAAGCCCGACGUAUAGCUGAGUUCCUGCUACAGGUUUUCAGGUCACGCUUCCGUGUGAUCAUGGACUCAGAGCAGUGUGUCUUCGGGACCUCAGCCCUUAGCUCACAUUCGCCGCCCGUUCUCGAAAAGAAGUUGAUUGAGCAGGGCAGUUUUGGCAAGCAACAGCUCCUCAAUUGGAUGAUACGUGGGGUCAGGCACAUUAAAACCUCGACUGUGCUCAAUAACAUUAAGAAACAAGGCUCAGCAGUGCCCAAAACAUCAUGAUCGCAACCAUGAUGUAAAAAUACAAAUUGUGGCGUUGCAGAUCCAUUUUGAUUGACCAAUCAGGAAUGCUUAAACUGCACCACGAUGUGUGUCUGCGAAUUUCAAAAGCUUUUAAAAUAUAAAGCGUAUUAACAUCAAGAAACUUGUGAAACAAUAUAUUUUUUUUAUAUCAAUAGUUUAAUUCCAGUUGUUUUUGUGACCAGACUUACAAUUCGUAAAUAUUUACACUGAAAAAACUUACUAAAUAGGCAAACAUUGAUCAGUUGACGUACAUGUAUGUACAUAUGGGUAAUUCCGCCGUAACUGUCUCAGAUUCAGUUUAAAAUUUUUUGUUUUUCGAAUUGAACUUUAUAAAUAUUUUAUGGCUGAUUGUUGCUUGUCACUACAUAAAAAAAAAUAUCUACAAUGAAUUCGCCACAAAAUAUUAGUGUCAAAACAUGCAGCAUUUAUGAUUUUGGGUGGG